GGGCAUGUAGCGACAGCUCCUGGGGCGCGCGGCGCCGGGGAUCCCACACGCUGCACAGGGCAGGGAGCAGAACCCCGGCAACAGGGCUGGCAGCCGGCAUGGGGCACCCCAUCACCCGCCCCCUCUGAGAGCCCGGGAGCGGAGGGCGGCGAGUCCCGCAGGGGCAGCACGGCGGCCGCGGGGGUCCUGGCCCCGGGGAGCUCGGCUCCGACGUGGAGGGGCUGGAAAUCCCCCCGCGGGUGAUGCCUGGCUGCGCCAGCACGAGGUGCUGAGGGUCCCGGGGGGCUGAGGAGCCGCUAUGACCCCCGAGAAGGUGCUGAGAGAGGGGGUGCUGGAGAAGCGGAGUGGGGGGCUGCUGCAGCUCUGGAAGAAGAAGCGAUGCCUGCUGACGGAGAAGGGGCUGCAGCUCUUCAAGCCCAAGGGCUCGCGGCGCAAGGAGCUGAGCUUCGCCCGCAUGAAGGCAGUGGAGUGCGUGGAGUGGAAGGAGCGGCACAUCUACUUCACGGUGGUGAUGGACGACAGCCACGAGAUCGACUUCCGCUGCGCGCAGGAGGACCCGGGCUGGAACGCCGAGAUCACCAUGGGCCUCGUCCGCUUCAAGAACCAGCAGGCGAUCCAGGUCGUCCGCGCCCGGCACAGCUGCCGAGCAGUGGUGCAGUUCGAUGCAGCCCCGGUGGGACAGCCCGCAGAAGUGCAGCGUCCAAAGAGCAGGAUGGAGAAGACCCUCGGCUCGGCGGGCGGUGGGGAGAACGGGAUCCCAGCGGGCAAGUGAGGCCACCGCUGUCUGCAGCCCAGGGACAGUGGCCCCGGUAAGGCCAGUGCGGGCACUGGCUCCCCCCAUCCUGGCGCAGGACAGAGGCAUCGCAGGAGCCGCACUGGCCCAGCUGCAGGGGUUGAGCCACAUCCUCUUGGUGUGAUGGGGCAAAGGACACAGCCAGGGCCACCACCUGGGGCUCCAGAUGUGGCAGGAGGUGACAUCCCUGCCUGGGGGCCCACCACCCUUCAGCUGACAUGGCCAGGACCUUGGUGGACUGGUGGGGACCCCCAGGCCUCUCCUGCAGGACAGGGGAUGGGAUGGAUGAGGUUGAGCGCGAAGGAAGCGGUGUGAUGGUGAGCUCUGCCUGAAUGCCAGUGACGCUGGGACAGACGGAUGUGGCCGGGGACGCAGCUCCCCCUGAGCCCCCAUGUUGAGAAGGGGCUGGAGUGCUGCUGCUGCAGCAGGGACCCCUCCGGGCACCAUACCUGGACGGCGUGGUGACACGGCCAUGCUGCUGGACCUGCCCUGCCCUGUCCUUGGGCUAGUGGGGUACGCUGGGGAAGGCAAUGGGGACCCUGACUCCCUGCAGCAAAAGUGACCCCAAACAGGACCUUCUGCAGCUUACCCUGGUGUUGCUUUGACUCGUGGGACCCCACAGGGUAUGGGAGAGCACAAAUCCCGCACAGAGCUUCGCCAGUUGUUGACAUCCCCCUAAAUCUGCCAGCAUCCCACAGCUGGGCUGCAAAGCCCCCCGCUGACACCCUGAACCUCUCCGGUCAUCCACCCCGCUGCGCCUGUGUCCCCAGGGCUUCCCACGGUGGUUUGUGGGCAGGCGACCCGGGAGCAGCGGCUGCCUGGCUUUGCAGGCAGGGACGGCAGACAGGGGAGGGAUGGCUCUGCCUCGACAGGCAGCGCAGACACCAGCGCCUCGAGCCACCGGGCUCCGCAAGCCGGAGCCUGAGCCCCAGCCCCGCGGCCGGAGGCGCCGCAGAUCCUCCCGGAGAUUGCCGGGCUGCGUGGGAAUCGGGGAGCGCGGCACCCCGGCCCCCCAGGCUGCAGCAGCCGGCCCCAGCCUGCAUGCCGGCCGCCUCUGCCAGACCCCGCCGGGGCCCAUGGAAGCCCAUCCCUGUGCCAGGGUAGCUCUGGGGUGGCUUUGCGGGGGGAUGGUGACGUGGCCGGAGCCCGCUGACCGUGCAGGGCCAGGCUUGUGCUGGCUCUUUCUGAGCAGCCCAGAAUGUGUGGACCAGCCCCCCAAACUGAGUCCCCACACACAUUUCGUGAGGGAAUGGGGUUGUCGGUGGUCAGAGGAAGGUGCUGGCACUCACAUGGCUUGUCCAUGGCAAGGAUCUCUGUCCCGGGGUUUCUUGUAAAUCCCCAGCUCCCUGAGUCAGGGGAUUCAUCAGGCUUGUCCAAAGUCCUGUAAGCAUCCUGAGCCCGUGCCACGGCAGGGCAGCACCCAGGGCUGGGAGCAACCGGUGCGAGGGUUUUUCCAAAGAUUCUGAAUUUCGAGCCAGUUUUGGGGGUCCUGACUCCUCAUUUUCAGUUUUCCCACUCUCUCACUCUCUGUAAGUAGAUAUUUUCUGUUUCCCAAAUGCCAGAAAGGAACUAGGGAAGAAAAUGGUCAAGCUGGGCGGGUGUAAGCGCCAGCACUGGCCGUGGACACAACCAUCGUGCACUGACAGACGAGCUGGGCGGAAAUGUAGGCAGUUAAUAGAGGAAAAGGGACACAAAGAGCAAGGCAUAUUGCUGUGUUGGCGUUUCAGGUCCAGGCUUGGGGAAGGUCAAGGUUUUCCAUCCCCAUCCCAAGCUGCUCAUCACCCUGCCAGAGCCCCUGCGUGUACCACGUGUGCCCCGGGUUUGGGAGUUUGUCCUGUGCAGACACCCGAAUCCGCCAGCUCCACCCGCGGUGGGUGGAUUCACAGCCUGACCCCGGGAGCCGGGGCCGGGGGCGAGAGCCGAGCCAGCGGCAGGCAGGUGGGAGGCAGGAUGGCUUCACCCACUGCCUGUGAGGGCUGAUUUUUUCAUGCAGAGGAAAAGGUCACCCAGAGACUGAAAGGGAAAUAAACAGCCAAGAGACUCGGCCAGUCAGCGGAGCAGGGACGGGGCUGGUGGCUGGUGCAUCCUCCAUCACCAGUAACACGGUGCCGGCACGUUGCUGGCCCUGAUGGGGCUCAGUGUUGAUGGGUGAAGUUGGGUAAAUGGGGUGAUUUUACCCAAGGGAGACUCUCCUGCAGGCAGGGGCUCAGGGAGCAACCGGAUUACAGGGGAAAGCAAGGGUGGGGGCAGAAGGGCCCUAGGAGCCUUGCAGGAGGCCAAGCACUGUGAAAGUAUUUUUAACUAUUUGCACAGAGUUAGGGAUGCAAAGGAGCUCGCGGGGCUCUUCCAGCCAGCCUGAAAAGCGGGGAGAGGACACACAGGAAGCAUUUCUAGCACGCCUGGUGAUGGGGAAACUGAGGCACGGCAGGGGGUUGGGAGGCAUGUGGUCUUGCAGCCCCCCUGGCCAGCACGCCGGCUCCCGCUGCGAGGAGGGGCUGGUUCCUGGGGCCCCCUGUGCUGGGGACACCAAGCAGAGCUGGGGCUGAGCCCCAAAAUGGAGCGAGGUGCCCUGGAGCUGCCUGAGUUCAAAGGCAGGAGCCUGAAAAGCCGGCUCUGCUGCUCCCAGCCCCGAGGUGUCCCCGCUCCAUCGACCCUCCCCGCGCUGCUCGGAGGAUGCCUCAGUGCCGGGGCUCCUCCGUGCAGGCUGGGGGCUGCCCUGGGCCUCCACCCCUGGGACCAGCGGCUCCGCCAGCACCCAUGGGUGCUGGGGCUGGCACCCUUCGUGCAGCACCACGACGGUGAGAUCAGGUACAUGGGAGGUGGCUGGGGGAGCUUCAGGGCCCUUUUUUCCAGCCGACGAAAUCCCAGCACCCAGCCCUGGCUUUGGGGUCAGUUUGGGGCUGGCUGGACCCCACCGACAGCCUGUGAAGGCAGUGGGGGUCACGCUGCUGAGGCGGAGGUUUGCAGCAUGAUGGUGCCAAUGCUUUUGGGCAGGUGAGACCGUGUGUACCUCCUCCACCAUCGUGUGCCCCGCGGGGAGGCUGGCAGUGCCUCGCUGCUCCUGUGAAC